AUGUCAGUCAAUGGUAGUUUUGACUUGACUGCGAAUCGAACCUGGGUGUUGAAAAAACCAACUGCGAAAAAAACAAUUCCAAAGGCCUUGCCAAAAACAAAACAAGAUUUUAUUAACAAAGCCUUUUGCAAUCUAUGGCACCUUCUUUGGAUAUUCAAGAGUAGAGUUGGGGCUGAAGUAGCAAAGAUAGCUGAAAAUAUAAUGAGAAAGGGAAAUGGGCACGUUUUGGGACAAGUGUCGGCAAAAGAAUCUUUGAAGGUUGUGGAUAUCAGGCUAACAAAGGUUGAGCUCGAUAAAUUGAAACAAUGUAUACAAACAGAUUUAACAAGUACCACGUUGAAUUUCCAUUUCCCAGAUUAUAGCAUUGAGAAAAUUUGUCAAUUUGUAUCUUGUCAGCCCCUGUUUGAUGCAGAUACUUUGACUAUUGGUGAAAAGGAGGAAUUGGCCCAAUAUGCAAAAACAAAUACGCCCAUUGAAGAUGUCCAUGACAAAUUCCCACUACGAUCAGAAUCACUCAUUACUCUGGAAUAUAAACGCUUAUCAUAUAUCAGCUCUAGAAAAACUCGAUUCAAGACUGCCGAGGAAAGGUUGGCUUAUGAGGCGGAAAUGGUGUUUGCCGGUGGUGCAAGUACCUUAUCCAAAAGAAACAUAAAGAGAAGACGUGGAGAAGUUGAUAUAGACAGCUUCAAAAAAUUGCAAGAAAAAGCUAGUAAGAUCACCAAAUCUGCUAAACCGCCUCCUACGCCGAUGGAAUUAGCGGCACGGGCCGAAAGAGCAGACAGAAUUCGACUCCAAGCCUUGAAGAAAAAGGAAGCGCGAGAAAGGCAACGGCAAAUUGAUAAAGAGCGUAGGUUGCGAGCGCCUCCUUCUCUGUCUAAACCGGUAAAACUAAAGAAUGAGUUAAACAAUCUCAUUGAAGCUACAUUGCACUUUCAAUCGGUAACGGGAGAUAGAAUGGCACUAGAAGACGGCGCAAAGAGGAAAACUAUACCAACGCAUCGUUGGGCGCCUGAGGUUCAUCAUAUUGCAUUGCUAAAAAAGACUAGAUCUAGACAAGUGCAGAAGAAUGAAUUGAGAAAAAAACUCAAACUUGAAGAAAAAGGAUCAACAACUCGAAAAAAGAGUACCCUGUUUGAAAAGAAACUUCAAAAAAAUAAAUCCAUCAAGAAGAAAACUCAUAUGAAAAAGACCCGCGAACAUGAGACACCAGAAUAUCAUGAACUAGAUUCACAAGUGGCUACUGAAUUGGAGGUUGAGGAAGAUCAUAUAUCGCCAUUCGAUCCGCCAGACAUCAAUUCAGAUACACUUUUUAAUUUGCAUGGUCGGCGUUUGUUUGUGGAUGGUGUAUACGAACUGAUCCCCAAACUCCCUCAACUUCAAUUCAGGGUUUGCGAUGAAAAUGAAACUGCAAAAGAGGCAAUGACAAAGAAUGAUAACACGAUUCUAUAUGAUGAUGAAUUAGGUGCACACGUAAUUGCUAGCCAUGAAAAGUGUUAUCGUGACAUGCCAAUAUCGUUUCCAGAAUGCGUGAAUCCUCAAACUGGCAAAUUGAAUCAGCUAAACAGUGUAAAAGUGAGAUUUUUGUUAUACCCUCAGCACUAUGAGCUGUAUGUGCUUGCAGAUCCAAAAGACAAUGAAUUAGACCCGGUCCAUGAAAUCAUUAAAUUAUUUAUGCUUCAUUUUGCAUUAUAUUUUUCUUAUUCAGAAGUAAUCAAGGGUUUGAUUAAUGGGUAUUGUCAUAGUCUUGAGAGAACGGUUUACGAUAAUAAUUUUGGUGAAUUUAUAUUCAUAGUGGAUAAAUGGAACAAACUUAUGUUAUAUUUAUCUCCCAAUAUAGAAGCAGUAGAAGAGAUAAUGAAGGGAGACAAUGAUCUCAAUGCUGGUGCCAAAUUAUGCUUGAACCAAUCGGAAAUAAGAGUUCCCACGUUGGACGAUUUGGAUUUGGAGACAUUCUAUAGCGAAAUUGGAUUUGAAUCUGCAAGUCCGUUCUAUCAACAAGUGGAAACCAAAGAGUGCUCGUUAAAUUUGGCGAAAGGGGAGGGGGAGGAGGAGGAGGAGGAGGAGGAGGAGAUUAUCAUUGAUGAAAAUGUAGAUACUUCGAUAAACAAUGUUCAGCCACCCACAAAUGUUGCAAGCACCAAAACUUAUAUAAGGCCUGAUAAUUAUGUUUCAAAUUUUUUUAAACGACUUCAAUCCAAAACAGAAGUAUCGAGAUACGCAGUUCAACAAAUACUUUUGCGAGUAUAUGCUAGAGUUGUUUCUACUGAUUCCCGAAAACUACGCUCGUAUAGGGCAUUCACUGCUGAAGUGUAUGGUGAGCUUCUACCAUCCUUCACUAGUGAAGUGUUGGAAAAAGUUCAACUUAAACCAAAUCAAAAGUUUUACGACUUGGGUUCUGGUGUUGGAAACACUACUUUUCAAGCUGCGUUGGAGUUUGGCGCUAUAAGUGGUGGUUGUGAAUUGAUGAGCCAUGCUUCGAAAUUGACAGGCUUGCAAGAAAAUUUGAUACAAAAGCAUUUGGCUGUCUUUGGUCUAAAACCACUCGAACUAAAGUUUGCUUUGAAUCAAUCGUUUGUGAAUAAUGAGCAAGUUCGCCGUGACUGUUUGGACUGCGAUGUAAUAAUUGUCAACAAUUACUUAUUUGAAGGAGAAUUAAAUGAUGCAGUGGGUAAAUUGCUAUAUGGCUUGAAACCGGGUACAAAGAUCAUUAGUUUGAGAAACUUUAUAAGUCCUCGAUACAGAGCUACAUUUGAUACAGUAUUUGAUUAUUUCAGUGUUACUAAGCAUGAGAUGAGCGAUCUAAUGUCUGUUAGUUGGACGGCAAACAAAGUUCCUUACUACAUCUCUACUGUGGAGGAAACCAUAAGGCCUGAGUAUUUGAAAGGAGAAGAAUCGGUGUUGGAAAUUUACAGUGACGGCUCUAAAUCAGCAAGUCCAACUACGUCAGUAUAUCAUUCGCAUGAGGAGAUUUUAACUCCUCCAACUGAACACAACUCCGAACCUGAAACAGAAAAGUCAUAA